AUGUCUGAUCCCAGAUUCCAUCAUAAUUCCUGUUGUCGCAAAGUUCUCGUCGACUUCUCCUAUAUCGGCACCGGGUUUCACCCUAACACCGUUGAAGGCCACCUGUUCGCCGCCUUCGCCAAGGCGCAUAUAGCAGCCAAUGUCCUAAACAACGGUUACGAGAGGUGUGGGAGAACUGAUACUGGCGUCCACGCCCUUCACAACUACUGCUCCUUCUUCAUGGACCCGUGCUUCCCCGAGGACCCUUCCGCCACGACGGCACCUGACAGCAACGAAAGGCGCGUAUGCUAUCGCAUCAAUACCUUCGUCAAGGCGGUGAACAAACACCUGCCCCGGUCCAUUCGCGUGAACAGCGUCCAGAGGGUGGCCGACGACUUCAGCUCCAGGCACAACUGCGUUCGCCGAACUUACAAGUAUUUCUUCCAGCUGGGAGCCAUGAACUUGCCCCUGAUGCAAGAGGCAAGCCAGCAUUUUGUUGGCAGCCACAACUUCCGCCAGUUCUGCAAGCAGGACAAUCGCAACCCAAAGGACCCCAACCGCACGAUAUACUCGUUUACGGUGGAACGCUACAGCGAUUUGCUCUGUGUUGCCACUGUGCGGUGCAUGGUCGGGGCGCUGUUUUUGGUUGGAGAGGGCUCUAUAUCUGCUUCAAAGAUAGCGGAGUUGCUGCAACGUCCAGAUGAACCCAAGUUUCAGUACAAGAUGGCAAGUCCACAUGGGUUAAUACUGGUUGACUGCAAUUUCGACAUGCCAACUGUACCCCGCCCGGAGCUGCUGGAUGACGCUAUCCAGACGCUAGGCCCCAUGUCGCUACUGGCGAAAUGUGAAUGA